UGCAAUGAGCGGUCGUUGGAUACACAGUUCCUCUGCUGCCUUUCGGUGUGUGUUCCUGCCUCUGUUGUGAGUGCAGCUGCCUCUGCCGGCCUGUGUGAAGCCUCUGGAUGUGUGUGAGACGGCCCCUGACGUGAGUGUGCCCGCCUCGAUCUGUGUGUGAGAGACGGCCUUUGUCUUUCAGUGGACCUGCCUCAUUCCGUGAGAGUUCCUGUCUCCGGCUGAGAGUGACCAAACCCUGCCUGUGGUUCCUGCCUUUGUUUGUCUCACUCCGCUGUGGCGCCUUUUUAUUAAAUUUCACGUCAGCUUAAUCGUAAUGUUCUUCAACUUAAACCUUUGCCAUUCGUGUCCAAGAUGCAUGCCAGCCCCCGCGCUGCCCGGAAGGACUCCGGUCUCUGUGUGUUUCCGGCCUCUGCCUGUGAGUCUGCCUGUGUUUACCUGACCCUGUAUCCGUGCGUGUCUGCACUGCUGAUGUUGCAGGUGCUCAUCGGAAUCCUCCUUCAGUGUCAGUGAGAGUGUGGUGAAGCUGGCAGUGUGGAUAUGGAAGUAGCGCUGAAUUAUCCCAGUGUACUGAAGAAAAUCAUUGACGAGGGCGGAUACCUGCCAGAACAGGUAUUUAACGUUGCAGAAACGGGUCUUUUUUGGAAACGGAUGCCUGACAGGACAUUCAUUUCAGAAGAAGAGAAAUCUGCACCAGGCUUUCAACCAUCCAAAGAUCGUCUGAUGCUGCUUCUGGGAGGCAAUGCUACCGGUGAUUUUAAGUUAAAGCCCCUUCUAGUCUACAGCUCUGAGAAUCCCAGAGCUCUCGAGGGUUAUGCGAAACCUCACUUGCCAGUGAUCUGGCGCUCACACAGGAAGGUCUGGAUGACUGUGACUAUUUUUCAUGACUGGUUCACCAACUACUUCUGUCCUGCUGUGGAAAGGUACUGUGCCAAACGUGGCAUUGCCAACAAAGCAUUGCUCAUUCUCGAUAAUUCACCAAACCACCCACUGAAUUUAAACGAUCUUUCCAAAACCGUGAGAGUUGAGUACUUGCCCAAGAAAACAGCAGCCUUAUUUCAACCAAUGCAUCAAGGUGUCAUGACAAAUUUCAAGAUGUUUUAUUUACGAAGAACUUUGAAGCAACUGGUUGAUGCAGCUGAUGGAGAAGGGAAACCAACAGUUCGGGAAUUUUGGAAACUCUUUAACAUCAUGAAUGGCAUCGAGAACAUUGCCGAGUCCUGGGGUGAAGUAAAAUUACCUGCAAUGAAUGGUGUUUGGCAAAACAUAUGGCCAGGGUGUAUCAACGACUUCACAGACGUUCCAGCAGCAGAACCUGCAGAGAAAGUUAUCAGAGACAUUGUGGCACUAGCAAACGAGGCUGGGUUUGAAGACAUUGUGGAGGAAGAUGUGAUUCAGCUGCUGGAUUCACAUGAUGAAGAUUUGUCCAAUGAAGAUCUCAUGUUGUUGGAGCGAGAGCGAGCGUCAGAAGAGGUGGACGUUACAGAAACUCCAGCCACUCCGCUUCAGCUAACGACAAACCACCUGUCUGUGGCCUUAUCACACAUCGACCAGGUUGUGGAUAUCCUCAGUGCCAAUGAUCCAAGCCGAGAACGUAGUCUAAAGGUUGGACAAUUACUGCAUGAUGCCAUGGGCUGUUACAGGGAAAUGUACAAGGAGAAGAUGCGCCGGAAACAAACAGCUCUCAAUGCUUCUCUCGUCUGCAAAACAGAGCCUUCCUCUCCCCCCAUGUAACUCCGCUCCACCACGGUCACAUCAUGCAAUGCUCCACAACAUCCCUGGUGAGUACUUCGGGAAUUUUCUGUAUCAAUUCUGUGUGGUGUUUCUGAAUAUUUUUGAAGUAUCUCACCUAAAUUUUAUAUGUGUCUAAACAUGCAGGUACCGUCUGAUAUGUGCGUUAUUAUUGUUACUGUGCUGAGAUUAAAACAUCCCGUGGGAACUCAUCUCCACUUAUAACACGGGAUUUAAUGAGGGAAGGUUUCCUGUUGCGGGAAACUGCAAUUCAGACGGUUAUCUAGCAACGUAAACACUCCGUAACUCGGGGUGAGCUACAGCUUCCACGUACAUUAGUGCGAGUGGCAGUGUGUCCAGGGGAAAGCUGGUGGUGACAGAGCAAAUCAAUCCCCUGAGAGAACUGGCAGCUGGAAAUUUAGCAAAAGGAGGACCCUGAAUUUUGGGGGCUGCUGAAAGUCAUGUGUAUAAACUGCGGCCUGCCGUGGCUUGGAUUUGAACCAAAGCUGCUGCGGCCACAACACGGUACUGACCACAGUACGAUAACUGCCAGACACUGGAGGUAAACGCUUAUUGCUCUGUCAAAACCUGAUACUGGUGUGACUCACCCACUGACACUGCAGUGUGACUGACCCACUCCUGCUCCAAUAUUGAAACAAAAUUUCUCAUUAAGAGUGUUUCCAGACUGUCCAUGGAAUCUCUGUCUCUCUGUCUCUCUGUCUCUCUGUCUCUCUGUCUCUCUGUCUCUCUGUCUCUCUGUCUCUCUGUCUCUCUGUCUCUCUGUCUCUCUGUCUCUCAUGCAGGUAAAGGUUCAUUCAUUUGGUGUGUGUCGCUUUGACGUGUUUGAGCCUGGGAAAACAGACAUUCCUGCCUCUGUCUCUCAGUAUCUGCCUGUUUUGUCAAUUGAUUCCAUGGACUACAUUUACCAGUGUUCAUCGUUCAUCAGUGCGUGUGUCUGAGUAUCUCAGCCUUUGUCUCUGCGUGUCCCUGGCUCUGCCCUUGUCUGUGAGGGUUCCUGCAUGCAUUUCUCUUCCUGGGUCCUGACUUUAAGUGGGCCACCCUCUGUCACUGAGUGCAGCUGCCUCUGAAAUUGUGUGUGCCUUCCUCUCUCUACGACUGUGCGUGAUUGUGUUUUCAGUUCUUGUUGGCUGUCUGUGUGUGAAUGAAGAUGUCUCUGUCUGGGAGUAUGCCGCUACUCUCUGUUAAUGUGCAUAUUCCUCUUUGUGUCUGCAGGCACCUGAUUGUGAGUAUCCCGGCCCAAUCUCUCAAGUGCUCCUGUCACUGAGUGUAACUGCUUCUGUCAUUGAAUGAGCCUGGAUCUGUCAGUGAGUGUGUCUGUCACUGGCUGUUACUGUGGCUGACACUGUCUUUGUGUCAGCCUCUGUCUCUGAUUUUGUCUGCCUCUGUCCAUGUGCCCCUGCCUCUGUCUGUCAGUGUGUUCUUGUCGUUGCCUCCCUAUCACUCUCACACAGGAAAUCUCUCUCUCGGAGCUGGGCCUUCCUGUCUCUGUCAGUGCGUGUUCCUGCCCCUGUUUGAGAGAGUUCCUGAUGUGUCUGUGAGUGUUCUUGCCUCGGUCUGGGUAUAUUCCAACUGUCUGCGACAGUCUCUGCCUCUGUAUGUGAGUGUGUCUGUCUCUCUGCCUGUGUGCCCUGCCACUACUUCUCAUUCUCUGUCAUUGGGCCUACCUCUCUGUUUCACUACUCUAGCUCUGUGCAUGCCCACUUGAGAGUGUCCCUGUCACUUUCUUAAUAAAUUACCUUCAACUUUGUGUCUGAGUGGUUCCUGCCUUGGUCUGUGAGUGCCCCUGCCUCUGUCUGUGAGUAUGCCUGUCUCAUUUGUACGUUUUUCACUGGCUCUGGCCCUCACAGUGACCGUGUUCUGCAGGUUCUCAAUUAUUCUGCAGUGAUGCCAGUUUCCAGUGCUUGACUCACUGCCUUCUGUGCUAGGUGUUUCAGUUACUGUUCUACUGACUUCAGUGAUGUGGGAGUAGCUGCCUCCACCACCCCCUCACUCUGUGCUUGGCAGAUUCCCAACACUGUCUGGUGGAAAGUGCAUCCUCGCCAGAAUCCCUCUCAACUUCCUACCCCUGACCUUAAUCCAGAGGAAAAUUCUUUCUGACACGUUUGCCAACGUGAAAUGUCUGUUUGCUGUUUCUGCCCUCACAGUUUUGUUCAUUGCUCUCAGACUUCCCUUCAGUCACCUCUCUCCAAGGACAUACACCAGGCUAUUCAGACUUUUCUCAUUGCUGAAUCACUCUAUCGGACGGGGUGUCUGCCUCAAUGCCUCUGUGUCUGUGGGUCUGCUGGUCUGUGUGUGUGUGUUCACCUGCCUGUGAGUUUACCAAUCAUCCUGUUUGUUUACGCAUUCACCUGUCUUUGUGGGCAACCCUGGAAGUCUCUCUCUCUCUGUACUCUCUAUCUGUCUAUCUAUCAAUCUAUCCCCACACUGAGCACAUAUCCCUGCUGGUGUGCGAUCUCUGGAGCUCCACGGACCCACCAUGUUACCUGAGUGCACCUGAGCUUGUCUGUGAAUGUUUCUGUCUACCCUCUAUGUAUACGUCCACCUCUUCCUGACAGUGUGCCUCCCUCAGUAUCUGCUUACAUGUUCCUGCUGGUUGAUGUGUGCUGCUCCCUGCCUGUGUGUGUGCCAGUCGCCCUGUUGCAAGUGCCGUCACUUGCCUGUGAGUGUCUAAGCCUGAGAGUGUGUCUUCUCUUUCCACCUCUUUGCACAGAUCUGUGUCAAUAUCUGUAUGAGUGUUGUCCAUCCAGUGUGCCUGUCUCAGUAUUUAAGUGUGUCUGUCACUGUCAUGGUGUGUGUGUGUUUGUGAGUGUGGAGUAUGUCUCAUUUAUAUCAAUACCCAGCACUGUCUGUGAGUGUCCUCACCCCGUUUCGAGUGUUCCUGCCCCUCUGUGAGUGUUCCUGCAUUUGCCUAUGUGUGUGUUCAUCCCAGAGAGUGAGGAAUCGUGUGUCCACCACCCCUGUCCCCGAGUGUCCCUCCUCUGUCCCCGAGUGUCCCUGCCCCCUGUCCCUAGUGAGUGUGCACAUGUUUCUGAGUCCCCUAACCCCGUCUUUAAGUGAAACUGCUCUGACAUUGAGUACAGCUGCAUCUGAAAUUUUUUCUUCCAAUGUGCAUUUGGAUUUCCCUCUGGCUGUCUCUGUUUUGUGGCAUCAGCCUCUGUGAUUGUCAUUGCUCCUGUCUGUGAGUGUACAUCUACCUGCCUUUGUGUGUGUGUGUGUGCAGCUGCCUGUGAGUGUCACUGCCCCAGCUCCUGGAUACUUUUCACUCAGUGUAACAGCUCAAAGACAGUGUGAGCAUUUCUGUCAGAGCCCACAGACCCCUCCCCGCCUCCCACAGCAGGCUGGGAUACAUCUCAGCAAGCCUGCGAGGUUCAGGCUUCUGGGACCUUCAUCGCUCUGGGACAUCAAUCACCUUCUCCUCUCGAUGGUGAUUCGUACCAGAGUUCCACUCAUGCCUUUCCCAGAUUCUCCAAAUAAAAUGUCCUUCUGCACAAGGAACGGAGAUGAGAAGUAACCAUUCAAGCGGCUACUUGCCGAGGUCUGUUAGUGUCCCUGCUUCUAUCUGUGCAUUCCUGCAUUGCUUCUCUAUGUUUCUGCAUCUGUCCGUGUGUUUGUUCCUGUCUCUGUCUCUUUGCAGUCCUGCCUCGAUGUCUGUAAGUGCUUGCCUCUGUCCAUAUUUGUCUGUCUCCAUAUUGCUGUGUGUUUUCCACUGCCGGUGAGAAUGUUUCUUGUUUCUGAUAUCACAAGAUCACAAGAUAAGGGAGCAGAAGCAGGCCAUUCGGCCCAUCGAGUCUGCUCCAAGGAAAAGGGAAAAAGAAAUGGGGUGGGAAAAAAGAGAGAGAAAAAAAAAAACUAUUCUAAUCCCAUUUGCCAGCCUUAUCCCCAUAUCCCUUGAUACCCUGACUAUUUAGAUAUCUGUCUAUCUCCUCCUUGAAUACCCCCACUGAUCUGGCCUCCACUGCUGUGCGUGGCAAGGAGUUCCACAAUUUCACCACCCUCUGGGUAAAGAAACUUCUCCUCAUCUCUGUCUUGAAACUGUACCCUCUAAUUCUAAGAUUGUGCCCUCUGGUCCUGGACACGCCCACCAAGGGAAACAGCCUAGCCACAUCUACUCUAUCCUUACCUGUCAACAUUUUAAAUGUCGCUACGAGGUCCCCUCUCAUCCUUCUGUACUCCAGCGAGUACAGUCCAAGAGCCGACAAACGCUCAUCAUACUUAAGCCCUUUCAUUCCUGGAAUCAUUCUCGUAAAUCUCCUCUGAACCCUCUCCAACGUCAGCACAUCCUUCCUAAGAUGCGGGGCCCAAAACUGCGCACAGUAUUCCAAAUGAGGCCUCACUAGCGCCCCGUAGAGCCUCAUCAACACUUCCUUACUUUUAUACACUAUACCUCUCGAGAUGAAUGCCAACAUAGCAUUCGCUUUCUUAACCACCGAUCCAACCUGGUGGUUAACUUUUAAGGUAUCUUGUACGAGUACCCCCAAGUCCCUUUGUACUACCGCACUAUCAAUCUUCUCUCCUUCUAGAUAAUAAUCUACCCGCUUAUUUCUACUUCCAAAGUGUACAACUGCACA